CCAACACGGAAUGGAUCGCUGCUGCGGUUUCGAACUGCGCCCCGCUGUCUGGUUGCACGACAUGAUCGAAUAUUGGCUUAUGUCAAUGUUCAGGCCUCCCGACCGGUGUGUUCUGAACUAUAUGGUGUAUGGCAAGUACUAUGCAAAUCAUACACUCCUACAACGCCGCAAAACAACAAAAUGCGCUACAGCCAACGUGAGAACAUCAGUUCAGACAGAUCGCACGGAACACAAGAGACAGACCGACCCGAUCGGCGCCUCGCUCAGCCUUUCUCAGGAUGGUCUCACGCGAGGAUGACCAGCAGUAUUGAUAGAUUCGUCGAAGAGAGCGGCCUCGAGGACUACGACAAAUAUAUUCGGAGGGGCGCGUUUCUCGCGCAGUCAAAGGCAGCCUUCGCGGUCGGGCGAGAGCGACCCGAUGAUCUCACUCUGAAAGACGACGAGCGCGUAUACAUAGAUCUGGAGAGCAGUCCCAGACGUAUUGACAAAUUCAAUCAGCCAUGGAGACUAUACGCUCUCGUAGGGAUCUGCUCCCUGGGUGCUGCUGUACAAGGAUGGGAUGAAACCGCUGUCAAUGGAGCCCAAAUCUACUACGAAAAAGCUUUAAAUAUCCAUGGAAGCCCGGAAAUACUUGGUUUGGUGAACAGUGCGCCCUAUCUGUGUUGCGCAUUUGCCUGCUGGCUAAACUACCCUCUGAAUCGACUCUUAGAUAGACGCGGGGUCAUCUUCCUGACAUGCCUUAUCAGUUCGAUUACCUGUCUAGGCCAAGCAUUCCCUCAAACAUGGCAACAGCUUUUUGUAGCACGGUUUCUUCUUGGAUUUGGUAUCGGUCCCAAGAGUGCCACUAUACCGAUCUAUGCUGCAGAAUGUGCACCCGCUAAUAUUCGCGGUGCCCUCGUUAUGAUGUGGCAAAUGUGGACCGCCUUCGGCAUCAUGUGUGGCUACAUCGCCGGUGUCGUUCUUGCGGGAGUUCGUGACGGGUCAAGAUCCGACAUCUGCGAUGAGAAAUUUGGUAAUCUUCUCACGUCACGAUGCAGUCUGAAUUGGCGCUUGAUGCUUGCAAGCCCCAUGAUCCUCCCACUCUUCGUGGUCGCUUACGUAUAUGCACUUCCGGAGUCGCCCCGAUGGCUGCUCAUGAAGGCACGCAAGGGCAACAAACAGAAAUACGAAGAGGCUUUCCAGGCGCUCUGUAAACUCAGGCAUACCAAGCUUCAAGCUGGUAGAGACUUGUUCUUGAUACAUCAUCUGCUGGAGGGCGAGGACGAGAUUAUGAAACAACAGCAACCUUUUCUGGAGCUCUUCACCAUAGGCAGGAACAGGAGAGCACUAUUCGCUUCCGUCAUUACCAUGUUCUUGCAGCAAUUCUGCGGUGUCAACGUCACUGCCUACUACUCCAACACUAUCCUCGUACAAGAUGCCAAUUACCAACCUCGCAACGCACUUCUCAUUUCGAUGGGUUUCGGCAUCAUCAACUUUCUUUUUGCGAUCCCGGCUAUCUGGACCAUUGAUUCGUUUGGGCGACGCAACUUGCUGCUUUUCACUUUCCCGUUCAUGGCUCUAUUCCAAGUGAUUAUGGUGAUCGCCUUCAGUCAACGCGAAGAAUCGAUUGAGCAGAAAGUUCUAGUCAUAGUGGGUAUGUAUCUCUUUGGAGUCGCGUACUCUCCAGGAGAAGGACCCGUUCCAUUCGUCUACAGCGCCGAAAGUAUGCCACUGUACAAUCGCGAUUGGGGCAUGGGUAUCGUCACCUCCGUGUUAUGGUUUUGGAACUUCUUCAUUAGUAUUACAUGGCCGAAGUUCAAGCAUGCAUUUGGUGUCGCUGGUGCAUUUGGAUGGUACGCAGCAUGGUGUGCCACCGGCUGGUUUCUUAUUCUCUUCUUCGUCCCUGAAACCAAAGAUUUGACACUCGAACAACUUGAUCAAGUCUUCGAAGGCUCAACGAGAUCGCACGUUGAGCAUGGGAUCAAACAGGUGAAGUGGUUCGUGGGUAGGUACAUAAUGAGAAGGAGAGAUGCAACUAAGCCGGUCUUCUUGGAGACAGACGAUUCGGGUGUGAAGUAUGAUUAUCGGGGAGUUGGAGAUGCGAUGCCUUAUGAGGAAGCCAAAGAUUGA